AUGCGUACAAGAUCGUUAGAAAGAGAACGGGGCACCAACUUCACACAAGUGGAGAGAGAGAGCGAGCGAAAGAGAGCACAUAGUUCGGCGCUUAAUCCAGGUAAUCGAGUCCUGGUUCGUAACUUGAGCGAACGUGGGGGACAAACAAAACUUAUAGUGCUUUCUGGGAAGAUAAGAUACACAUUGUCGUCGAACGAAAAUGUCAAGACAGCCCAGAUAGCUACUCAGAGAUAAACUUUGAAGAAUACAAAUCGGUCCAGAGACCACAACAACACGAACCAGUAGUAGUACCUGACAAAGAGAUCAAUGAAAACAUUGCUAACGAUAUCGAUGGUCCUGAUCUGAUGAAUGUCAAUGACCAAGGUGAAGAAGAACUAAACGGAGAAGGUCGUCCCUACAAUGAAAUCGGAAACGUAAAUGGAGCAGUGCAAAACGCAGUGGCCAAGAAUGAAGACCAACCAUGGAAUGAUGAAAAUAUUGAGGACCCUUGGCCAACAUAA